AUGGGUGAUACGAAUGGACAAGUAGUAGCUGGUGGCAAUGGCAAAGGAAAUCGAUUGGAUCAAUUGAAUGAACCAACCGAUGUGUCGAUUGACAAAGAGACGGAUAGUCUCAUUAUUUGCGACAUUGGACGAGUCAUACGAUGGUCUCGUCGCAGUGGUACAACUCAAGGAGAAAUCCUCAUCAACAACAUCGAUCCUUAUGGAUUGGCCAUGGAUGAUCAGAGAUAUCUCUACAUCUCUGACACCGACAAAGAUGAAGUAAGACAAUAUCAAAUAGGAGACAAGAAUGGAACUAUUGUGGCUGGUGGCAAUGGCAAAGGUGCUGGUCUCAAUCAACUCAACCUUCCGACCUACAUCUUUGUCGAUCAACAACAGACUGUCUACAUGUCAGACUGCUACAAUCAUUGUGUAAUGAAAUGGAAUAAAGAUGCAAAAGAAGGAAUUGUCGUCGCUGGAGGUCAAAGCGAAGGGAAUGCACUGACACAAUUGUCGUGUCCUGGUGGACUGUUCGUCGAUACAUUGGGUACUAUCUAUGUGGCAGACUCGAGAAAUCAUCGAGUGAUGCGUUGGCCUAAAGGAGCGAAACAGGGCACUGUCAUUGUGGGUGGAAAUGGUAAAGGAGAAGAAGCAAAUCAGUUCAACGAUCCAGUCGGUGGAUUUAUUACAACAGAAAAGAAUGAAACAAGAUAUAUUCUUCUUUUGAAUAAAAAUUUAUUUAUAUCGACAUCAAGAUCAACAAUUUGUUAUUCAUGUACAAUGAUUUGGAGAAUUUUAUGUUUAAUGAAUAAUGUUGAUAAAUCCAUGUGUACAAUUAAUUUAACUAAUAAUUAA